AUGGGAAUAGAUGCAGCUGAAAAAUUACCUGUCUGGAUUGCUCCAACUAGAUGUUUUUCAAUGCCUCUAGCUGAGGAUGAUGGAAAUAAAUCUUCUAGAUGCUCUUAUACAACAGGAUUGAUUUUGAAUAACAGUUUAACAGCAGGGAAAACGGAAUUUAUUCCGGUUAAUGGGAAACGCAUAAACUGGUAUGCAUGUGGACCUACAGUAUAUGACUCGGCCCAUUUGGGUCAUGCUAGAACUUAUGUAACCUUUGAUAUAGUGCGUAGAAUAUUGGAAGAUUACUUUGGGUAUGAUGUAUAUAUGGUCAUGAAUAUAACUGAUAUAGAUGAUAAGAUUAUUAAACGUUCUAUUGAACAGAAGAGAGACAACUUCUUAGAUUUAGCUCGUGAGUAUGAGAAGGAGUUCUUUGAUGAUAUGCAUGCUUUAAAUGUAAAGCCUCCAGAUAUUAUUACACGGGUUUCAGAAUUUAUACCGGAGAUUUUGGAUUAUAUAUCGACAAUAAUAUAUAGAGGCUUUGCUUAUGAAUGUGAUGGAAGUGUGUAUUUCGAUAUUAAUGCAUUUAGAUCAAAAGAAGGACACUUUUAUGGUAGAAUGGAACCAAAGAGUGUGGCAGAUGAGAGUAAAGUAUUGGAAGGAGAAGGAGAUUUGGGAGAACAUUCAAAGGAUAAAAAAAGUCCUCUGGAUUUUGCCUUGUGGAAAAAGGCAAAACCUGGUGAACCAUUUUGGGAUAGCCCUUGGGGUAAGGGACGACCUGGAUGGCAUAUUGAAUGCUCAGCUAUGGCUUCAAAUACGUUGGGAUUUCCAAUUGAUAUUCAUAGUGGGGGAAUUGAUCUAAGAUUUCCUCAUCAUGAUAAUGAGCUUGCUCAGAGUGAAGCUCAUUAUGACCAGCCUCAGUGGGUAAAUUACUUUUUACAUUCAGGUCAUCUACAUAUACAUGGAGCUAAAAUGUCUAAAAGUCUUAAAAACUUCACAACAAUUAGAGAUGUUUUGAAGGAAUACUCACCAAGACACAUCCGUAUGUUAUUUUUGCUGCAUAAAUGGGAUGGUCCAAUCAAUUUCUCCCCAGAAACAUCUCUCAAAGAAGCAGUAGCUGUAGAUAAGGUCUUUAUAAACUUUUUUGCUAAUGUCAAGGCAAAUUUACGAAUUUCAUUUAUAGAAAAUCCUCUUAAACAUGAUAUAGAGGAAGAAAAACUUAGACUGGCUACAGAAUGUGCUGCAGAGAAGAUUGAUAAACAAUUACGAGAUAAUUUAAAUACUCCAGAAGUAAUAUCAAGCUUACAAUACCUCGUUUCUGUUGCAAAUUCAUAUAUGAAUUCUAGAGCUAGUAAUAAAGUAGUAUGCCCAAUUUUGAGGCGUUGUGCAAGUUUUGUAUACAAAAUUCUGAAAAUUAUGGGUCUGUGUUCAGAUGAUACUGAGAAGCUCAACUAUGGGGAUUCAGAAAUGUGUAGGGAUAAUCUAGAGGGAAUCUCUUCUGCAUACAUUGAUUUAGUUGGAGAUUUUCGUCAAGAAGUCAAAAGUGAAGCCAUUAAAUUGAUUAAUCUCUACAGAAAUCAAAAUAAAGCCAUUUCUAACCAGGAUGGAGAUGGGACAUUGCCAAUUCUUUAUAAUACUUUAAAUGAGCUAAGUGAAUCAGCAAAAAGAUUGUUAGCUAAUUGUGAUGAUGUACGAGAUAUCCGUCUACCAAAUUUAAAUAUAGAAAUGGAAGAUAGAUCUGAUGGGACAUUUGUAUGGAAACCUGUACAAAAAACUCCUAAUUUAAAUACUAAUAGCUGA